AUGAACACCUUGGAGAUGCCCCAAUCUUUGAAGCAAAUUGCUGUUACUCCAGUAGUAAAGUUAAGCGCAUGUUUGCGAUUCUUUGCGGAAGGCGGUUACCAUACGGGUGUGGGAAAAGACCACGACGUGGGGCUAGCGCAGUCCAGUUUCUGCAAAGCACUUGCGGACGUUCUCUUUAUAUUUGAACAAUAUCUAUGUCCAAGGUGGAUACAGUUUCCAGAGACAGCCGAAGAAAAAAGUAAAAUUGCGAUUGCUUUUUACAUUAAGCAUAAAAUUCCAUCUGUUGUCGGUUGCGUUGAUGGAACGCACGUUGAGAUAAUUGCGCUAUCCGAAAAUAGUCACCUAUACUACAACAGAAAGGGUUAUUACAGCUUAAAUGUUAUGCUGGAGUGUGACCAUGAAUUAAAAAUACACUACGUCGACGCUUCUCAUCCGGGUGCUAGUCAUGAUUCGCUAAUUUGGAACGUUGGCGAAUUACGUUCACAUUUUGAGACACAAUUUUCAAACCACCAAAGAAUUUUCUGGUUGUUAGGUGAUGCUGGAUAUCCGUUAGAACCAUGGCUUAUUACUCCUUAUAAUGGUGUUUUAAAGAACCGAUGGAGGUGCAUUCUUGGUGGACGAGAACUACACUACGCUCCAGAGAAAGCAGCACAAAUUGUAAAUGUUACUUGUUGCUUGCAUAACAUCGGCAUUCAUUUCAGAGCGAAUAUACCCGAUACACCCGAUGCCGAAGCGGAGUUAAACCUUCCUGAAAUUCACGACGUCCAUUCCAACAUACCAACACAAAAUAUGGAGUGUGCCCAGCGAAGGGGGCCGGCUUUGCUAGUAAGGAAUAAUAUCCGUGAUUCCCUCAAUAACCAAAAUGUAAGAACAGAAAUGUUUGCUAUUUCUACGCUCGAUCAUUUAAUUAAUUAA